CAUGGCGGGCCUCGAGGUGGGGUCACCGAGCACCCCGAGCGACCCUCCCUGUCGGUGGGUCACCUCUCCCACUGCGUCUCAGAUGAUGAUUACGUAAAGAAACGUGUGGACUUUAUGGAUUAAUUGGAUUAUUUUUGCGGGGGGCACCCCCCAGACAGCACAAAGUAUGUGUGUAUAAAUAUUUUUUUGGGUGGGGGUCUAGUUUUUACUUCUUGGUUUUACCUGCUCACACCUGCAUCUUCUGCAGCACCUGAAGAAGGAAGGAGCAAGUUCUGAUCUGGAUCCUGCAGGAUACACGAUUUGGAUCAGAAGUUCUGGGCAACAUUUGCAAUUCGACAUCAUUGCCAACAGAAGCCUUGAGUUUUCAGACUGAUUGCUCCCUGCGUGACAAGACCGCCCUGGUCAAGAGCGUUUCGGAUACCGAUGCCAAAUUCCUGGUGGUCCUUCCCAAGGUUUCAGAGUUGACGAAAUACUUUGAAGGAGGUCCUCCGGGAGAUUUCGAGAUGAACAGGAAAGAGAGAAUUGCCCGGCGUCUGGAAGGAAUUGAAAGUGAUGCUCCGCCAGCCUUGCUGCCCGGUGGCUUGGUCGCCAAUAGAAUGCUUGAGGAAGAUCCGCCUCGGUACACUCGGGCCUCGGACCCCUGCGAACCUUGCGUGAUGGUGAGGCGCUUCAGCCGAGAGGAACUGGACACUCCCCAGAAACCGCUGGCAUCCCCGCAACUCCAGGCCAGAGGAGGGGUCACCCAGACAGAGCCGAUGUUGGUCUAUGUCGAACCUGUGAUGUUGUCUGCCUCAUCGACGCCUUCUUACACAUCCCCUGACCCUGCAAGUCUGAGUUCCAAGGCCGAGCGCAUCGCUCGCUACAAGGCCGAGAGACGGCGACAGUUGUCAGAGCGCUAUGGCAUCGUCCUAGACCAGGAAGUGGAUUUUGAUUAUGCACCACGCUACCGCGCUCGACUCGACCAACAUGCCACUGGUCCCAGACACUUGGCCGGGAGGCAAGAAAAUCUAGAAACAGAGGCGACAGAUCAUGAAUCUGGGGGCCCAUACCGCGCUGGUGUGGGCAGGGUUUACAUGACGACUCACCCAGACCCUGAACCCACAGGUUCACCAGUCCCGGUCAACGCAAACCAAGCUCCGCCCCCUACACAAGACAGCAGAUACUCAGAGCGGGAAAGAGCCAUGAACAUGGAAAACUACCAAAGACGCAGCGCACAAGAGCGUGCCUCUCGAGCUAGAACCCAGGAGUACCAUGUGCCUGUACCCCAACAGCAUGAGCAGCAGCAGCACCAAAAUCCCACUCAACACUACCACAUAGACACAACCCGUUCGGAGCCGACUCCUAAUUUCAGCAGGGACUACAGCACUGCAGCGGUACCCAGCUCGCCUCGUAGCGCCCGUCGGGCCUCGCUGCCAUCCACCCGCUACGGGAUCUCGCCUGGGGAUUUGUUCAUUGAGCAGCAGGCACAGAGCAUCCUCAACAGGCAGGGUGAGGGUAGCCAGUCCCUGGCGAUGGAGGCGGACCCCGCGACGGGUAGCAAUGACCCCCGGGGGGACCGGGCGCCGCGGAGGCCGCGCCGCUACAUCACACCAGGGGACGGACGCACGUCCGAGAGAUGUCGGACUCAACCCAUCACGUCUGCGGAACGUCUGGAGACCGACAGGUCCCAUUGCAGUCCUGCGCAGCUGCAGGAUGUUGAAGUGGAUGAAGAAAAACUGGACGAGCGAGCCAAGAUGAGCGUGGCGGCCAAGCGCUCACUUUUCAGGGAGUUGGAGAAGACCUCGGAGGGCGGAAUUCCCAAGCCUCGCUCUCGAAAUGCCGCCGUGGAACGUCGUCUGAGGAGGGUCCAGGACCGCUCGCACACUCAGCCCGUCACCAGCAAGAAAGUGCUCGAUGGCUGCAGUGAGCCUUCUACGUUGUCACAUGCUGUGGGAAACCAAACCGGCAGCACCGGCAGUUCAACCGUCGUCAGCACCACUGUGACCACUACCAGUGUCCAAGCAACGGCAGCCGUCCAGGAGAAGGUCCGGGAGACCCAGGAGGACGGAACGCCCGAAGCGGAGGGCGACGACUUAUCCACACUCAGCUUGGCCGAGAAGAUGGCCCUUUUCAAUCGGCUCGCCCAUCCCGCCGAUGAAACGGUGCCGAAGGGCGACACCUCCCGUCAGCGUCGCGCUCUCGCCCGCUUUCAGACGCAGCCCAUUACCCAGGGCGAAGUGGAGCAGGUAAAACACAGCAGUCAAGUCAAACUCGAACCCCUCCCGGUCUCCGAGGUCCACUCCAUGCCAGUCACCCCCUCGCAAGCCUCUGUCACCACGGCAACCGCGACGCCUCCUCGGAGCGGCAGCGGCAUCGCUCGCGAGGGGAGCCCCGCCCCCCGGCAACGGUCGCCCGGCAACGCUGAGGACCGCCAGGAGAGGGCGUCGCGGUACCUCUCCGCGAACCGGAGCGCGGGGGAUCCGGGCCACCCCGACCUCCUCCCCGGCAGCUCGGACCGACCGGGGGUUCUCCCCGCGCCCGCCCCUCCUUCCGGCAUUCUUCGCCGGCAGCAGACGCGGGAGGACGAGGAGGAGGAGGAGGAGGAGGAGCGUCCUGGAGCGAGAGUUGUCGGGAAUAUCAGGGAGGAAAACGCGGAGGGUGGAGGAACAGGAGGAGGCAGCCAUCACCUGGAAGCGGAGGCAGAAGGGGACAGCCGCACCCGGAGCCAAGAAGGACUCUCAGAACUGCAGGAUCGACCGGCGUCACCGAGACCCGUGAUAACCAAAGUGUCCUCGGCGGUCGCAUCUCACGUGUCAGUAGUCCAGCAGACCCGCCCUGCGAUCCGAGCUCGGCAAAGUCCACCCAAGCCCUUCCUGCUUCAGACCCCCGCAGAGUCCCUAAAGCCCCAGGUGUACGUCCAGUCAUCCCAGUCCCCACCGACGUAUCCCAAACCGUUCGCUCAGCCCCAGCAGAGCCAGGCCAAACCUCAGGAACUCCUCCCCAAGCCUUACAUUCAACCGGUCCCCCAGCCUGUGCCCAAACUCCAAUUGCCUCCGCCGACACCGCCAAAACCUCAAGGCUUCCACCAGGGGCUGGUCAAGUCUCAGUCGCUGCCGCUGGAGCACAGCGACGACUACAACAGACUCAGCGUCCAUCAGGGUGUCCUGCUGCCCCCCGUGGGUUCGGCAGACCAGCUUCCUUACGGCAUGUCCAGCAAACAGAUGUCCAUCAAAGAGAGAGUGGCCUUGCUGAAGAAGAGCGGCGAGGAGGACUGGAGGAACCGGAUCAACAAGAAACAGGAAGUGGCAACGGCGGUGUCCACUGAGCAGCUUCAGCGCUGGGAGGCGGAGCCGACGCAUCAGACCAAGGAGGAAGAGGCGGUCGUCCACGAACACGCGCCGGUAUGCGUAUCAGAGCAGCUGUGGGAGCCCGUUUUCUCCUCCACUUUCUCUCCUCCUUUCUCUCUCGGACAAAAGUGUCAGUACGUCGACCAUCACGCUCAGGUUCAACUGGGAGGAAAGAACAAGGAGGCCCAGAUGACCAUCAAGGAGCGAAAGCAACUGAUUUCCAUGCGAGAGGAUGCCUGGAAGAACAAAGGCAAGGGUGCGGCCAACGACUCCGGCCAGUACACCGUGGCGGCACGUAUGGUCAAGAAAGGCCUCGCUGCCUCCUCCUCGGUCAUUGGGCCGAUCCUGUCGCCCGUCCCCACCAAAUUCAAGAGUGGCGCAGCGAUCGUGGGAAAACCUCACGAGGACAUUGAAGCCAGAGCAGACAUGGAGUCAGAUAAAAAGCUGGACAAGUUGGAGAGCUUCUUGGGCCGACUCAACAGCAAAGUGUCCGAGCUGCAGGAGACCACCCUGACGGUCACCGAGAAGGCGGUGAAGGAGGUUAUGAAACCGGACGAUGAGAUUUUCUCCAGGUUCUACGGCCGCGUGGCCGAACUCCCUCACGUGGCGCCGCGCGUCGAGCUCAGCGAAGACUUCGACGCCAUAUUCGGUUCGCGCCAGGGCUCCGGUAGGCUGACGUCGGUGAUGGUGCGGCAUAAGCGCUCCGUCCGUCCGUCCAGGAACGUGCCGGCCUCCCGGAACCCCGUCAAGAUGCUGGCCGCCCGGCAGGAUAUACGACACGAGUAUACCGAGCAGAGGCUCAACGUGGCUCAGCUGGAAACCAAGAGGAUCUCUUCCGACAAGAUGACCAAAAGCUCGGAAUAUUCCGACGCGGCUCUGGUGGGUCUGGCCAGUAAGGAGAACUAUAGCACCGUGAGUUUGCGCAGCGUCAACGUCUCUGAGACGCCCACGUCCAACAACAGCGCCCUCCCGUACAAGAGCCUCAUGCUGCUGCACGUCAAAGGCCGUCGCCGCGUUCAGACCAGACUAGUCGAGCCCAGAGCCUCGUCGCUGAACAGCGGAGAUUGUUUCCUGCUGGUGACGCCGGAGCACUGUUUUGUGUGGAUUGGAGAGUUCUCCAACGUCAUCGAGAGAGCAAAGGCUAUGGAUCUAGCCAUGUUCAUCCAGACCAAGAAAGACCUGGGCUGCAGGGCAACCAAGGUCCGGACUAUCGAGGAAGGAGUUCACAUGGAGAGUCCAGAUUGCCAAGCGUUCUGGACCAUCCUUGGGGGACAGAGUGCUUACCAAUCUGCUGGCCCGCCAGACGAAGAUGACCGUUUUGAGAACGCCAUCGUCGAGACCAAUUGCAUAUUUCGCCUUGUGGAUGAUAAACUGAUGCCUGAUGAUGAGGAAUGGGGGAAGGUCCCUCAUUUGUCCUUGCUGUCAUCCAAAGGGGUGCUGGUGUUGGACUUCGGUAGUGAGGUGUACGUGUGGCAUGGCAAAGAGGUUACACUGGCCCAGAGGAAGGUGGCUUUCCAGCUGGCCAAACACCUCUGGAAUGGCACCUUCGACUAUACCUGUUGCGACAUCAACCCACUAGACCCUGGAAGCUGCAACAGCCGAAUACCAAGAAAGGGCCAAGGCCGUCCCGACUGGGCGAUAUUCGGCAGGUUGACGGAGCACAACGAGACCAUUUUAUUUAAGGAGAAAUUCAUGGACUGGACCGAAGUGAAGCUGCCAUCAUCGCCGACAGAACUGAGUGAGCAGCUGCCAGAACAACAGAAGGCCACAGGACGAGAGUGCCGGCCGUACGACACCAACCUGAUGCUCCCGCUCCUACAGUCAUCCGUCGCCACCAUCUUGGACGGUGUCAAUGUGGGGCGGGGCUACGGCACAGUGGAGACAGAGGACCGCAUGAGGACUCAGGAAAUCAGCACUGUCUCGGUGGACGUGUGGCACAUCCUGGAGUUCGACUAUAGCCGGCUGCCACGCCAGAGCAUCGGACAGUUCCACGAAGGUGACGCCUACGUGGUCAAGUGGAAGUACAUGGUCAGCACGUCAGUGGGACGCAGACACAAUCCAGAGGUAAGGAGCACCGGACCCGGCCGAGAGAAAUGUUGCUAUUUCUUCUGGCAAGGCCGACACUCCACUGUUAGCGAGAAAGGAACGUCAGCGUUGAUGACGGUGGAACUGGACGAGGAGAGAGGGGCUCAGGUGCAAGUGCAACAGGGCAAGGAGCCUCCGUGCUUCCUGCAGUGCUUCAACGGCGGUAUGAUUGUCCAUGCUGGAAAGCGUGAGGAAGAGGAGGAGAACAUCCAAAGCGAGUGGCGUCUGUACUGCGUGCGUGGCGAGGUGCCAGUGGAGGGCUACCUGCUGGAGGUGGCGUGCCACUGCAGCAGCCUACGCUCCCGAACCUCCAUGAUCCUGCUCAGCGUCGACAAGGCAGCCAUCUACCUGUGGCACGGCUGCAAGACGCAGGCGCACACCCGCGACGUGGCGACCGCAGCGGCGCUCGGCAUCAAAGAACAGUGUCCUCUGGAAGCCGGACUCCACAGCAGCAGCAAGGUGACCAUCCAGGAGUGUGACGAGGGCACCGAGCCGCCGGGCUUUUGGGAAGCUCUGGGGCACAAAGACCGGAAAGCCUACGACUGCAUGCUGCAAGACCCCGGAAAAUUCAACUUUACUCCGCGGCUCUUCCAGCUGACCAGCACGUCGGGAGAGUUUGUGGCCACAGAGUUCUUCCACUCGUCCCGGACUCCAGACCUCGUCAGCUCGCUGCCCUUCCUGCAGGAGGAGCUCUACAAUGCGGCGCAACCGGCGUUGUUCCUGGUAGACAACUUCCACGAGGUCUACCUGUGGCAGGGGUGGUGGCCUCAGGACAGCGAGAGCACCGGCUCGGCUCACAUACGCUGGGAUGUGGACAGGAAGUGCGCCAUGGAGACUGUACUGCAGUACUGCAAAGAGAAGAGUAACAGGAAGCCUCAGAAGUCCUACCUGAUCCACGCCGGACUGGAACCGCUCACCUUCACCAACAUGUUCCCCAGCUGGGAGCACCGCGAGGACGUAGCCGAGAUCUCAGAGAGGGAAGCGGAGGUGUCCAACCAGAUCAUCCUGGUGGAGGACGUGCUGGCCCGGCUCAGUCGGAACACCUACCCGCUUGACCAACUGCGGGCCCGGCCGCUCCCGGAGGGUGUGGACCCGCUGCGUCUGGAGAUCUACUUGUCCGACUGCGACUUUGAGAGCAAGGACGAGGUGCGUUGAGGAGGCUUUAGAGAUGAAGAGAGACGAGUACGAACGUCUACCAGGGUGGAAACAAGUCAAUUUGAAGAAGGCGAAAGGACUGUUUUAAGCACGUUGGAUUGAGGAUGGAACGAGAGAAGCACAAACAGAGAGAAACAGGAGGAUGCAGAUCUACUGGAAAAGGACGCGAGGACUUGAGAAGCACUUCCUGUUCCGUGUCAGGACACGCCGAGGGAAAACGUGUUGGUUUUCGUGGACUUGACGCCCCCGUUGCUCAAGUACAAGUGUGCACUUUUGGCAUCGGUGUUGUAAUGUAAAGGUUUGAUGUUGAAUGAUGUAUAGUGCCUUUGAUUAUUUGACUUUAUUUUAUUUUAUUUUUUUUUGGUUUGUGUACAGUUUAUACAAAGACAAAAUAGUGUGAUCUCUCUUUGGCAUAAAGCACAUUGAGAAUCCGGAAUGGAGUCAUCUUGUGUCUCCUGCUUAAUAAAUGAAAGCACUUUUAAGACCACUUUAA